AUCAUGAACUUAAUUGCUCAACGGCAGCGAUGCGUCACAUUGGUUCAUCACUUGUCGAUCCUUACAGCGCUAUAUCGGGAGCUGCGGCUGCCUUAUAUGGUCCGCUCCAUGGUGGUGCUAAUGAGGCUGUAUUGAGAAUGUUAGAGGCAAUUGACUCGGUCGAUAAUAUACCAACAUUCAUUCAAGAAGUAUUUGAUGUCUGUGGUCGUGAACCUCUUAUAGAUGUUGCAAUUGCAUUGGAAAAAGCAGCAUUAGAAGAUGAAUAUUUUAUACAACGAAAGCUUUAUCCUAAUGUUGAUUUUUACUCAGGAUUAAUUUAUAAAGCUAUGGGAUGGUUAGCCCAUUGGAAAGAAUCAUUAGAAGAUAAAGAUGCUAAAAUUUGGAGACCAAGACAAGUUUAUGUUGGUCCCAGUGUUAGAUCUUAUGUUCCUUUGGAACUUCGAGACAGUGAUAGUAAUAUUUCGGUAGCAAAAGUACUGCAUCCAUUUAGUAAGAGAACGUCGGUUGCCACAUUUGAUGACAAGAUUGAAUCAAAAUUAUAA